GUCAUGUGUGACGACAAACCGGAAAUGGAGAGCAAAAAAUAAUUCCGCGGCUGUCAAACCAGUGCACAGCUUCGUUUUGUACAGUUUGAGGAAUUACUAUAGAAACUAGAUUUAACACUUUUGCUGUAUGUUUUAAAACAAAUAACUAGCGGGAUAUUAUAUAGGUAAAAUUGUUUUAUCUUGACGGUCCAUUGAUGUUAGCUGCUUGACCCAAUUGCUUACGAGCUCCAUGCUAGUUUAGCUGGUAAAAUAGCCUUUUUGGUGACUCCGCUAACUUCAUUUUGCAGCUCAUUUUCCUACUCGGAAAGAAAAUGUUGUUUUACAGAGACACAUCGUGGAUUUGUCUUAUUGCUUCCACGGUGAUCGUGGUUUUGUUGGAUGCUGCUGUUGUGGCGCAGGCAAAGAACUUUGAAGACGUCCGGUGCAAGUGCAUCUGCCCGCCUUACAGAAACUUCACUGGCCACAUUUACAACAGAAAUGUCUCCCAGAAGGAUUGCAACUGCCUCCAUGUGGUGGACCCCAUGCCCGUACCUGGCCAUGAUGUGGAAGCUUACUGCUUACUGUGUGAGUGCAAGUACGAGGAGCGAAGCAGUAACACCAUUAAGGUGACGAUCAUCAUCUACCUGUCUGUUGUGGGCGCACUGUUGCUCUACAUGCUCUUUCUGCUUCUGGUUGAGCCUCUUAUCCGCAAGCGUGACGUCUACACCCAGCCUCUGCACAACGAGGAGGACUCUGAGGAGAUGCGUCCGCGGGUGGACAGCAGCCAAGCCAGAGGAAACACUGUGCUAGAGCGGGUUGAGGGGGCACAGCAGCGUUGGAAGAAGCAGGUCCAGGAACAGCGUAAGACCGUAUUUGACCGCCAUAAGAUGUUGAGUUAAACUGUUGCUGAAACAGGGCUGGAGGAUAUGCAGCACUGCAUCUUCUCGACUUUAUUAGCUCAACAACGUUGGUCUUUAGCUGCACUUUCCUUAUUGCUUUACAUCCCUAGAAUUACAGUGCAUUGCAGUAUUUAAUAGUGUAGUGCAAUGAUGAUAAUGCUUUUCUCCUCUGCUUUUUUGAUGGCUUAUGUGUAUACAUAGUAUACUGGUCAUUUCCCUACUGGGGCACACAAUUAUUGGAUUGAAACGCUUUUAAUACACAGGUGUCAAACUCAAGGCCGAUGUGGCCCACGAAAGCCUGGAAAUAAUUUGCGUCAAACGCAAUUCAUCCUUCUUUUUGAAUGAAAAAACACAUGUAAUGCUUGCAAAUACAGUUGUUAACUAGAUGUAAUAAGCUAUUUCAAACAUUUUUUUGUCAUUUAAACCCUGAAGGGGCAAUUUUGUGACGAUAUCAGGAAGUGGCCGACUGAGGGCCUUUAUAACUGCACUGUGGCCCUCGAUGAAAAUGAGUUUGACGCCCUUGUCUUAAAAAUAUCAGCUGCGCGGGAUUGUGCACACUCCAAUGCAAAAUGUAAUUUUCAUUUUAGCAGUUUGCAGUGCAACAGACAUGGAAUGUUGUUGUUGAAUGUUAUUGAAUACUUAAAGUUUCAACCUCCUUUCAGCACUUUUGUUUUUAGCUAUUUGAGAAUGUGUUAAAUUAUUCUGUAGUGAGAAUUCACCUCUGUACGGAUAAACUUUGUGUUUGUAAAUGUUUGCUGUUGCCAAACUCCAAUAGUUUAUUCAUGAUAUACUGUUUUCGUAGUCAACUCAUUGUGUUUAUUUUUUCAGAGAAAUGUAAGGAGAUGUUAAGAUAGUCUUCAUGAGUGUUUGUUUAUUUAUUUUCUUUUUUUCUCUUUUGGUACUUAAAUGAGUUUGAACUGUUUAACUUUAGUAAAACUGUGUAUACAUUCACUGUCUUGUAUUAAACUAACCUGAUGGUCUUCACUUAAGUUCAACAUUCCCAUGCAAAUUUAUAGUUCAGCACUUUAGUGAAUCUCUUCCCAAAAUAUUUGUAAAGGGCAACAUUUCUGAGCAAUGUUCAUGGCUAUAAAAGACACUGGAAAUAUAAUUAAUCAAAACAGAAACAGCUACAAUAGUAUUUGUGGAUUUUUUUGUUAUUGUUGUUGUGUUAUGUUUUUUUAUUUCACUGGAACUGUGCAUGUCUGUACAUUUAUCUUGAUGCAAAAUAAGACAAAAAUUGUGUAACUGCAAA